AUGAUACAAGUCGGUUCUAUUCUGCUGGGACUGAUCGCAAUGAACGGGUGUCGGAGCUCUGCACGGCAAAGGAGCAACCACAGCGAGACGAGGCGAUCAAGGGGAUGCGGCAUCGGUACGCGGGAGCUGUCCAUCAGCACCAAAUCCCCGACGAUAAGCAAGCAAGCAGCAAGCAGAGCCGAGACCCAGUCGCUCCUGUUUUCAGCCUGCCGCCCCCGCCCUCUUCUCACCACCGAGACCGCACUUCGACCACCGCCGCUCACCGCCAGAGCCUCCAGGAGCUCCCGUGUCUGAGCCAGCCCUCUCGGAGACCUGUUCACAGCGGCGACCCUCUACCUCUGGCGAGCUACGACACCGCCCAGCGACCUUCACACCGAGGCAGUGAACCCAGCACCGGGCAGCCGGCGCACCUGCAGCAGGAUCCCUGGGCCCCGGCCGGCUCUCAGCAGCAGCAGCAGCAGCAGCCGCCGCAGUCGGAGAAGCAGCCUGUUUUUCCGAGCUGCCACUGCAGUUUUUCCGAGCAGGAGGCGAGUCUUUCUCAAAACCAUCACCAUCCUGCCGAUCCUUUCCCACCGCAGCCCUCCCCACCUUUUCCGCCGCCUAUACCGCCGCCACCAACGUCGUCCUCCUCCUCUCUGCUGUUUUCCCGGGAAUCUAAAAGAGGGGAUCGUCUCCGAAGGAGUGCCAAUAAUUACCAACAGGCAAGCAUCGUGGAACGCUGCAGGGGAGGAGGAGGAGCAGGAGGGCACCGAGACCACAGGCAGUUGUUGCAGCAACAGCAGCAGCAGCAGCAGCAGCACAGUCAUUUAAGACUCCAACAGAGGGACCCCUCCCCUGAAGGAACCCGUGCAAACUCGCAGAAAGGGCGCUCUUUAAAUGCAUGUGAGUCAACCGAGGCUAACAGGAGAGCAUUCGAGCCUCAGACUCAGGACCUGCAGCAGCAGCAGCAGCAGCAACAGAUCCCACAAUUACGAGCGCAGCAACAGCUACUGGUGGGGAGCAGCUUGCCUAUCAACUACUGCGCCAGCGGCUCAGGAGAGCUAUGUAGGACUCACCAGGCUCCACUGCUGCAACAGCAAGAACAGCAGCAGCAGCAGCGGCAGCAGCAGCAAGGCGCACUGGGGCUCUGUCCCCAGCGUCCGCAGCACUGUGAACAAGACCGCAAUAAGUCUGGGAGGAUCACCGCGCAAGGCGAUCAGGCGCAGCCACACAGCCGCGACUCCCGCGUAACCCCCCCGGUAACACAGCAGGCGUACGCGGGGAACUCGUCUGCGACUGGCAGCAACAGCAGCAAAGACAGCCCCAACUACGGCUCCAGCUAUCACCUGUGGCCAGAGAGCCCGCAUAAAGGAGAGGAGAGGAUACGCAUCGACCUCCAUAAGGCCACUACUGAGCAGAAGAAGCUGAGCCAUGCUGGAUCCAAGCCCUCCCUCUCCGAGAGCAGUGGCCGACUCCCUCAGAUAGCCAUGAACACCUGCAAGUACAAUGGCGGAGUGGUGAGACCACUAGUGGGCAGCCUGGCGUCCUCGUCGCGCCGCAACCUCGCGGAGCUCGACUCGGAGACGCAGCCCUUGCAGACGCUGCACAGCUCUGGCCUGGAGGUGGUGGUGUCCAAGGGCAACGGCGGCGAAGACCCCAGCAAGGCGUCCAACGAGAGCUUGGUCAGGGAGGGCAGCGGGCGUGGCGGAGGCAGGGCGCCGCAGAAGAAGAACAGGGACAUUGGCUACAAGCUCGGCCACCGGAGGGCGCUGUUUGAGAAGCGGAAGCGGCUCAGCGACUACGCACUCAUCUUCGGGAUGUUUGGGAUUGUUGUCAUGGUGACAGAGACGGAACUGUCAUGGGGGGUUUACACUAAGGAAUCUUCAUACUCAUUUGCACUGAAAUGCCUUAUCAGCCUUUCCACUGUUAUAUUGCUUGGUCUUAUAAUAAUGUACCAUGCCCGGGAAAUCCAGCUGUUUAUGGUCGACAAUGGUGCGGACGAUUGGAGGAUAGCCAUGACGUAUGAGCGGAUCUUCUUCAUCGUGCUGGAGCUGCUGGUGUGUGCCAUUCAUCCCAUCCCGGGCCAGUACGUCUUCACCUGGACGGCGCGGCUGGCCUUUACCUACACGCCGUCGGUGGCCGACGCUGACGUGGACAUCAUCCUCUCCAUCCCCAUGUUCCUGAGACUCUACCUGAUAGGCAGGGUCAUGUUACUCCACAGCAAGCUGUUCACGGACGCUUCGUCUCGCAGCAUCGGCGCCCUCAACAAGAUCAACUUCAACACACGCUUUGUCAUGAAGACCCUCAUGACCAUCUGUCCGGGAACUGUUCUGCUGGUGUUCAGUAUAUCCUCCUGGAUCAUUGCUGCAUGGACUGUGCGCGUCUGUGAGAGGUAUCAUGACAAACAGGAAGUGACCAGUAACUUCCUGGGAGCCAUGUGGCUCAUCUCGAUUACCUUCCUCUCCAUCGGCUACGGGGACAUGGUACCGCACACGUACUGUGGGAAAGGCGUGUGUCUGCUUACAGGGAUUAUGGGAGCUGGUUGCACUGCGCUGGUGGUUGCAGUGGUGGCCAGGAAGCUGGAGCUGACCAAGGCUGAGAAACAUGUCCACAACUUCAUGAUGGACACACAACUCUGCAAACGAGUAAAGAACACAGCUGCCAAUGUACUCAGGGAAACAUGGCUCAUCUACAAACACACUAAAUUGGUCAAGAAGAUAGAUCACGCCAAGGUGCGGAAACACCAGCGCAAGUUUCUCCAAGCCAUUCACCAACUGCGCAGUGUGAAGAUGGAGCAGAGGAAACUCAAUGAUCAGGCCAACACCUUGGUGGACCUGGCGAAGACCCAGAAUGUGAUGUAUGACCUGGUGUCAGAGCUGCAGGAGCGCAGUGAGGAGCUGGACAAGCGCAUCGGCACACUGGAGGACAAGCUGGACUCGGUGACGGGCAGCCUGCAGGCGCUGCCCUGCCUCAUCUCCCAAGCCAUAACCCAGCAGCAGCAGGACUUCCUGGACGGCUUUGUUCACCGCUUUCGGCCCGCCUCACUAGCCUCAGAGCGCUCCGAACGCUCAGAGCGAUCCUGGACUUCCACCGCCCGUAGGCGGCGCUCUCCCUCCACAGCACCACACACCUCCUCUGAUAGCGGAUAACCUUGACAAACCCUCUGCAAUCACCUUCAAGCCCCGCCUUUUCCCAGACCAACUCGUCACCUCAUUCUCUCCCAUCCAAAGCCGUCCCUGUAACCGCUGGCGAGUCCAUGUCUGGACGAAUAAUGAACCCAUAUCUUGACCCCUGACCUGAUCCUUGCCCUCUUUCUCUUCCUCCCACUCAUCCCCUCUCCUGUUCCUCCCCGCCCAACAUCAAAUCCAAAAACCAAUUCCUCUGUGACUGAGCCUCUCAGCACAGGACUGGAUCAGAGCUACUCCAAAAGAACAAAGAAAAGCAAACAAAGACUUAAAUCAAGAAAAAACACAAAUGCAUCCAAAAAAAGAAAAAGAGAAAAAAAAAUUAAAAAUGACUGAAAAACCGAGAUAAAGUAGAGAUAUGGUUUAUGUUUUAGCCAUUGUAUGGCUGUUCAAGUUAGCUUUUUUGUAAAAGCCCUUGUAUAGUUAAAAAAUGACUGAGUUCAGGGUCACUGGGGUGAGAGCUGGCUAUCACACCGGAGAGUCCUUAACCACGAGGGGGGAAGUUGGUCUGUGGAGCUGAGGGCUUCGGCUCACCUGCUGGCCCUCUGAGGCCAUGGAGGACAUCCGUCCACCCAUCCGUCCGUCUAUCUGUUUGUCUGGUGAGGAGAGCAAGACAAACCAUUGGAUUUCCCUUUCAAAAGACUAGUGUCAUGGAUUCUUUCCCAUAGGUUAGGGUGAAAGCUUUAGACGAGGCUACGAGAGCGCUGACUUCAGGUCAGUGUUUGAAGAUGCACUUAAGGGGGAGGGGAAACUGUCACACAAAAGAAGAGCAAAGGGGAUGCAUAUGGCAUUACUACUGGGUAGGAAAAAUUUACACAGUUGCCAACUUCAAGGUUUCAGCUUCCUUGUUCUUACCAAGGGAAAAUGAGAGCGACUAUCUUUUUUAGUUACAUAUUGACAUGUGAUUUUUCAGUGCCUGAAUGUAUAAAUAGUAGAGGGUUAUUUAAUUACUAAUUUCAGAGCUUUUUUACGAUGUUAACAGUCUGAAUACAGCAUUGCAUUCCUUUUUCAGAUACAUUCCUCUCCAAAAAUUUAAAGAAAAUGUCUUAAUGUAAUGCAUAACAUUGCCUCCAUUACACAGCAACUCUAAAUGUUUUGAAAACUUUUUUUUUCUAUUUCUACUAACACCGUGGGAAAUGAAAAGUUCAGAGAGUAAGCAAAAGUGAGACCGACGGAGAGGUUAUUUGUGAGUGUUUGUCAGAGAACAGGUUCACUUUUAGCUCAAUGCUGCACACUCAUACACACAACAAUGGAAUAUGUAGUAGUCUACCUUUCUCACCACCACUAAUUAGAGCUUCCUGUGGUCUUCAGAUAAUGGCAUGGCUUGAGGUCUGCUGGUGUAUACGGCCACACGGGCACACAUCACUGGUCGAACUGAGAAACCAACCCUGCCCCUUUGCAUGGUUCUGUGCAAAAAUGACAAUGGAUUACACACUUCCUCGGAUGGCUUGAUGAUUUUUACAUGAUUUAGAUUUUUAUCACGUUUACUUUUGUUUGUGGCCUUUCUUUCUUUCAGGUUUUUUUUUCUAAAUUUUCCUUCUUUUUUUUUACUAGGCUACCUAGGGUUUUAGAGUUGCAGAACUAGAGAGUUGCAGUAAUGUGAUUCUGUAAUGCAUUCUCUGUUUAAAAUAUGAGAUGAAGAGAGAUCACUAUUUCAAAAGAAUCCUGAAAGGAUACAAAUAAAAGUGCUGAAGAAACUUUAA